GCUGACGGCCUCCCACAGCGGCGCCUGCGGGCGCUGGCGGCGGCGCUGGGCGGCUGCGGGCUGCUGCUGGGCUCGGCGCUGGCGGCGGGCGACGAGCGGCUGCAGGCGGCGGUGCUGCCCGCGGUGCUGCCCGCGCUCCGCGCCGUCCCUCCGGAGGCCGCGCAUGGCCUGGCCCUGCGCGCCGCCGCCUUCGGGCUGCUGCCGGCCGCCCGCCCCGACGGCCCCGCGCUGGAGGUGCGCGUCCUCGGGCGGCGGUUCCGCAACCCGCUGGGCCUGGCGGCUGGCUUCGACAAGCACGGCGAGGCUGUGGACGGCCUGUACAAGGCGGGCUUCGGCUUCGUGGAGGUGGGGACCGUCACACCCAAGCCCCAGGAGGGGAACCCCAAGCCCAGGGUUUUCCGGCUGGUGGAGGAUGAGGCGGUCAUUAACAGGUAUGGAUUCAACAGUCACGGCCACGCUGCAGUGGAACGCAGGCUGCGGGCCCGCCAGGAGGCACAGCGCAAGCUCACUGAUGCGGGGAUGCCUCUUGGAGUCAACCUGGGCAAGAACAAGAGCUCUACAGAUGCUGUAGCUGACUACGUGGCUGGGGUCCGAGUGCUGGGCCCCUUGGCCGACUACCUGGUUGUGAAUGUGUCCAGCCCAAACACCCCAGGGCUGCGGGACUUGCAGGGCAAGGCUGAGCUGCGGGACCUGCUGACCAAGGUGCUGGCAGAGAGGGACACGCUGCCAUGCAAGCACAAGCCAGCUGUGCUGGUGAAGAUUGCCCCAGACCUUACUCUGCAGGACAAGCAGGACAUAGCUAGUGUCGUGUGCGAGCUAGGUGUGGACGGACUGAUUGUCAGCAAUACUACCGUCAGUCGGCCCCGCGACCUCCAGAGCAUGCAGCGCCUGGAGCCUGGGGGCCUCAGUGGGAAGCCCCUGCGGGAGCUCUCCACGCAGACAGUGAGGGAGAUGUACGCCCUCACCCAAGGCCGGGUGCCCAUCAUCGGCGUGGGUGGGGUGAGCAGCGGCCGCGAUGCCCUGGAGAAGAUCUGUGCCGGAGCCUCGCUUGUGCAGAUGUACACAGCGCUCGUGUACCAUGGGCCGCUGGUGGUGGGGGCAGUGAAGCGUGAGCUGGAGGAGCUGCUGAGGGAGCAGGGGUUCAAGAGUGUCAUGGAGGCAGUUGGAGCGGAUCACCGGUGCUGACGCAUCGCAGGACCGAGGUCUAGCCAGGAGGAAACGUGGCAAAGCAGGGACGGCUGCGAUUCUUCUAGUGUGGGCAGGCUGGGACCAAGACAAGGUCCUGCUCCGGGCCCUUGGGAAGGGCCAGCGAUAAGUGGAGCUGGGGCUGCACUGGUGGGAAGCAGGGGAAGGGACCUCCACGCUGUCGCAGCUGCUCAGGGCUGUAUUUGGGCUUUCCUGUGGGUUGCUUCCCCAGCUGUGGGGUGGUGGGUGUCCCUUUUGCCAGAGACCCUGCAGCCAGCUUGUGCUGCUGGCUCUGGGUCCUCCUGCAGUGCAGUCUCUAGAGCAGGGUCCAUCCUCCCUGCCCUCCUCCGCACACCGUGCUGUAACAAACCCGUGGUCCCCAGGUCCUGCCUGAGUGUCAAUAAACAUUUGGCUCACCUG